AUGCCACGUGGCCUACCAAAGCUGGAAUCAUUCACUAAUUUGAUGCCACGUGGUCAUGCCCUAAUUUGUACUUGGAGUACCUUGACAACAGAGGAAUUUGCAACAAAGAUAUCGGACUUGGCACAAAAACUAGGAGAAAUUCUUGCUGAGAAGUUAGGUCAAGAUCCCUUAUACCCACCAUGUGCGAUUUCCAAGAUUAUCGGACUGAUGCCACACACCGACAGCGAUUUCCUCACAAUACUUCACCAAGACAACAUUGGAGGCCUACAAUUGGUUAAAGACGGGAGAUGGAUUGCAGUCAAGCCCAAUGAGGAUGCUCUUAUUAUCAAUAUCGGAGACUUACUUCAAGCGUGGAGCAACGACGUUUACAAGAGUGUGAAACAUAGGGUUUUGGCGAACCGACACAAGGAGAGGUUCUCGAUGGCGUACUUUUUCACCCCAUCAAAGGAUUCAAUAAUACAAAGUUGUGGUGAGCCUCAAGUCUAUAGAAGUUUUAGCUUUGGAGAGUACCUACAACAAAUUAAGGAUGAUGUGAAAAAGCAGGGAAACAAAAUUGGGCUUCCUAGGUUUAUUCUAUGA